GAGCUCCCUGACUGAAUCCUUUGAAUAGCUCUGGCUGCAGUUCUCCCCUGCAGUGCAGACCUACGCCCUCUUGUGUAGAGCCAGCCCCCGGGCCGGAGUAUGAACUCUGCUGGAGUCACGUGCAGCUCUAACCCAUCUCUAUAGCAACCGCUUGACAGUGGUCCGUCAGUCUGGAUCACCCAGAAAAGGGCGGAAACCCGGUCUGGAGGUUCCGGGAAAUGUAGUCUGGAAGCAGAGGUGCAGACAGGGUCGCUGUGGUUAGAGGAGGGUCGGGUUUAGAAGCAUCCCUGCAAGUGGCAGGAGCUAAACUACUUAAGGAAGCUAGACAUGUUGUGGAUGACUGCAGGUCCCUGUGUCAACUGAGAGCCCUUAUGUACGAAGCCUAUGAAGUUGGAAGUUGGGUUUCCUGGCCCCUGAAUGACCAACCUAAGGGGAACAUCUUUAAGGCAUAGACCCUUCUAGAGUUGUUUUAAAAACUCGAAAAGCUCAAAUGGCUCUAGAAUCCAGAGAAACUGCAGCCCUCGAUCCAGCGUGGAAAGAGGGACUUCAAGUAGUAAAAGUAAAGGUGGAGGAAGAAGAGGAUUACCUGUGGGGGAAGAAAGGUAUCCAGAAGAGGAACAGUCCUUCAACCCAGGAGACCUCCCGCCUUCGUUUCAGGCAGUUUGGCUACAGUGACACACCUGGACCCCGAGAUGCUCUGAACAAACUUCGGGAACUUUGUCACCAGUGGUUAAAACCGGAGAUAUACACAAAGGAGCAAAUUCUAGAACUGCUGGUCCUGGAACAGUUCCUGACCAUUUUGCCAGAGGCCCUGCAGACCUGGGUGAGAGAUCAGCAUCUAGAGAAUGCAGAGGAGGUGGUUACUGUGCUGGAAGAUUUGGAGAGAGAACUUGGUGAAUCAGGACGUCAGGUGGGAAGGCUGCAGGUUGUAUCUAGUAUACCCAGAGAGGCAGGGGCCUGUGAGAAAAUGGCCCCUUUGAGAACAGCACAGGAUGCACUGAAUGUCCAGCCCAUGAACAUCCAGAUCAAGUGUGGGUCUCCAGAGCCCCAGUUCCUACAAGAAAGAGAUUUUGAGAUUGGUAUCAAGUGGUCUCUUCCAAAGCAGGAAUUUUCUGAAGCAGUAGAGUCAAAGGAGAAGAUAUCUGGGAGAUUCCCAGUGGACGUUUCUCAGGGAGCCAAGACUGAAGAAGCUUAUGAAUGUGAAGGCACUUUAAGCAAGCAACAGGAAAACAAAAUGGAGAAAGUAGAUGGCUCCCUUUCUCAGGAUGGAAAUUAUAUGUUAGUGACCAUCCCUGCUGAAAAAAUUCCAUUAGGAGAGAAUGGCCAUAAAUAUGAUGAGUGUUUGUGUAGUUGCCAUUUGAACUCAAACCUGGUUGCACAACAAAGAGUUCCAACAGGAGAGAAACUUGAUAUAUCUGCUACAAAUGACCAAAACUCUAGACAGAAUUCAUCUUCUAGUGUACAUCAAAUAAAUCAGACUGUCCAGAAAUCAUUUGAAUGUAAUGAAUGUGAGAAAACCUUCAAGCAGAACUCAGAACUUCGAAAACAUCAGGGAAUACAUAUAGGAGUGAAACCCCACAAAUGUACUCAGUGUGGGAAAGCAUUUAGCCGACGUUCUUACCUUAGGAAACAUCAAAAAAUUCAUACUGGAGUGAAACCCUAUUCAUGUAGUGAAUGUGGGAAAGCUUUUAGGGUAAGCUCAGACCUUAUUCAGCAUCAAAGAAUUCAUACUGGAGAUAAACCCUAUCAUUGUAGGGAGUGUGGGAAAGCCUUCAACCAGAACUCUUCCCUUAUUCAACAUCAGAGAAUUCAUACUGGAGAGAAACCCUAUGAGUGUGAUGAAUGUGGGAGAGCCUUCAAUCAACGCUCAGCUCUUACUCAACAUCAAAGAAUUCAUACUGGAGAGAAGCCCUAUGAAUGUAAAGAAUGUGGGAAACCCUUUAGACAUUGGUCUGGCCUUAUGACACAUCGAAGAGUACAUACAAAACUUUGACCCUAUGCAUAUUCUGAAUAUGACAAAUCUUCGGACAAUUUUGUAACUGUUAUUAAAUCUUAGAAAAUGUAUCUUGGGAUCAAAAUCUCUAAAAUAAUUGUGAGCACCGCAUGGGCAGAGCUUGUGCUUGUCUUAUUUUUGUAUAGCUCUCUCCUGAGUAUCAUGUGCCUAUCAGACCUUCAUUAAGGUUUAUUUUGUGAUAGACUAAUCUAUAUAAAGAAGGGGCGUUAACAUUGUUUAAUGCCCCCUUUACUUUUUAGGAAACUCAAGGAAUUUGAAAUAAAUGGGAAUGUAAUAUCCUAUGCUGGAGCUUAGUUACUCCAAGAAAUUAUGAAUUAGAUAAAGCAAAUUUGCUAUGUCUUUUUUAUCCAGUCUUUAGGAAUUCCUAUUGUAAUGUAAGAAAGAGAGAUCCAGGAGGUUACAAUGGGAACCCACGCUGAAGAAGAGAUCUCUUUUUCUUACAUUACACUAUAUUUGUUGUAAGUUGUCACUAAUAGGAAGGAGUCAUGAAUAUUGUCAGUGGAUUGUCCCUCUCUAUGUGAUUAUUCCUACCUCCUCCCUGACCUCCACUGGCAUCUGCGUAUGAGGAACAUAAAUACAUGAAGAGAGAUAUUUCCAGUUUUUCCCCCACAGAAAAAAUACAACUAGUUUCCAUUUUUCUGAAGCAGCCUGACAAUGGUAAGGUUGUUGCUAAUAUUCGUUUUGUCAGUUUUAUUGACACAUACUCUGGAAAAAUAGUUAAUAAUAAUAAUUUCUUCUCAUUGGUUCUGAAUUUACCUUUUCCUUUUUUGAUACUGGUAAUUUUGUUAAAUCCAAUUACUUAAUGGUUUAUUCCCCCAACCCCCAGCUCCUAGCUUUAAGUAAUUGUUUUUUUAUUUCAAUUUUAAAAAUUCUCUCCUUUAAUGUUGAAGAUUUCCACCUUGAUUUUUAAUUGGAAGGGGAAGUUUAAAUUUGUUGCUUUUUCUGAUUCUUUACUUGUAAGCUCUAUUUUUUGGUCUGCUUUUUCUUUUAUUGAUGAAAGUAUUUAAGCUAUAACAUCUCCCUAAAGUCUUCCUUUGAGUACAACUCUCAGGCUUUAGUAUGCUAUCUCUUUAUUGUCAUUAUCUUAUUAAAAUUAUUGUUUCUAUGAUUUGUUCCUUGAUUCACCUAUUGUUUAGUUUACAUUAUUGAAUUUCUAAUUGAUUUUUAAUUUUUGCUUCAAAGUCUAUUGAAUAUAAUUUUUAUUCUCAUAAAAGAUGAAUUUAAUAAUUCUGAUUUUUUGCAUUUUUAUGUGGUUUUUAUGUACUUAAUACAUGGUUAAUUUUUGUGAAAGUGCCAUACACAGUUGAGAAAUAGGUUUACUCCUUUCUAUUCCAAUUCAAUAUUUUUUCUUUUUGUUGUUUUUUGUUUUUUGGUCAGGAAUAUAUAGGUUUGAGGUGGGAUAAAUUGAAGUCCCCCACAAUAUUAUAGUUUUACUAUUUUUCUUCCUAAAAUUAAUUUAAUUUUUCCUUUAAGAAUUGAGAUGCUCUUCUAUUUGUUUCAUAUGUUUAUUAUUGGUAUAAAUUCAUUGUCUGUAAUGCCUUUCAGUAUAAUGUGUCUUUCUUGUUUUUCUCUUUUAUACAGUUCUUUUGUUGUUGCUUUAUCUGAGAUCAUGAUUGCUACUCCUAUCUUUUUUACUUUAAGCCAAGGAAAAUAAAUUGCUUCAGUCUCUCAUUUUAA